GCCAUUUUGAAAAACUGCUUAUUCCGACUCAUCAGCCAUUCAGCAUUCGGGACUGGAUUGGCCCAACAUUGUAAAAGGCCUGCAUAUAGAAAAUUGUACCAUUUCAAUCUCACCAUUCACAUACGGAUCACAAGAACGGUUUGUCUGUCGAAAUCAACCCAUCAGUUCUCUCGCAUCAAGAAAGUGAAGAUUGUAAUCCAAAUAUCUAAUCACCUGGCGAAAACUUGAACACCUCCACUUCAACGGCACUAUCUCAUUCUGCUCAAACCUCGUCUAAUCAACACAAAUCCGGUCAAGAUGGUUCGAUCAGAAUCCACGAAUCUUAACGCAACAUUGCCUCCAUCAGCGAAUUCGAUUCAAAGCAGAACUGUCACUCAAAUCGAUCAUACUAAAGCUAUUCAUCCAACUCUAUUAACCUCUCGUCGAUCCCUCAAAGCAAAAGGCACCCGAUUAAAAAGAGAUGAUUUCGGAUUUAAAGAACCUGUGACAAUCAUGUCAAGAUUUCACCUUGUUUUACAUCGAAAGAGAUCAGCAUCAGCAUCAACAACAUCAACAUCAACAACAACAUCAUCAACAUCUAGUUUAUCAUCUUCUACUAGCUCAAAUGCUUCUAUCUACUGAGUCUUAUCCAACAUUUACAGUGUAAUUUGGAGUCUCAAUUUUAUAUCUCAACUCAAUGCAUCAAUUCAACUGUUUUUCCUUCUUAUUUGUCCAUUUGUUUUACUAUCGAAAGCCACAGUCAGCUGUCCUAGUCUAUUUUUCUAUUCCUCACCUUUUCAUUCGAUUUGUGUUUUUAUUCAUCUUGAUCGAAUUUCUUUGUUUCAGUUAUGGUCUUCUCUUUCUCUCUCUGUGAAUUUUUCUUCCAAACGCAUUAAAUCUACACUCCUUACAUUCAUUUCAAAUAUAGUCUUCUAAACUCAAAUUAACCAUUUUGUAAAUUCAUUUUUUCUGACAAACCUUUUUCCAAAUCUAUCCUCAUUGAUAUUCUCUGUUUUUCUCUCAGUUCUUUUUUGUCAGGCUUUGAAAGUAUUCUUUCUUUCUCAUUGUUGUUGAAAUGCAAAUCCUCCUUGAACCUUGGUUUAAUC